AGGACCUUAUGAUGUAAAAGUUAGGAUGAAAGCUGUUGGUAUCUGCGGAAGUGAUGUUCACUUUCUCAAGACAUUGAGAUUGGCAGAUUUCAUAGUGAAAGAGCCUAUUGUGAUUGGGCAUGAAUGUGCUGGGAUCAUAGAGGAGGUUGGCAGUGAGGUGAAGAAUCUAGUUUCUGGUGAUCGCGUGGCCUUGGAACCAGGGAUCAGUUGUUGGCGAUGUGAUCGCUGCAGGGAAGGUCGAUACAAUUUGUGCCCAGAUGUGAAGUUCUUUGCCACUCCCCCAGUCAAUGGUGCUCUUGCCAAUCAGGUGGUGCAUCCUGCAGAUUUGUGCUUCAAACUGCCAGAAAAUAUGAGCUUGGAGGAAGGGGCUAUGUGUGAACCGUUAAGUGUUGCUGUGCAUGCUUGUCGCAGAGCCAAUAUUGGUCCGGAAACAAACGUGUUGAUCAUGGGAGCAGGACCAAUAGGGCUUGUCACAGUGCUGGCAGCCCGUGCUUUUGGGGCACCUAAAAUUGGCAUUGUUGAUGUGAAUGACCACCGUUUAUCUGUUGCUAAGGAUAUUGGUGCGGAUGAAACUGUUAAAGUUUCUACUAACAUGCAGGAUAUACCUGAGGAAGUAACAAAGAUACAGAAGGCGAUGGUGGUUGGAAUAGAUGUAAGCUUUGAUUGUGCAGGAGUUGACAAAACCAUGUCAACAGCUUUGAAUGCCACCCGUCCCGGCGGCAAAGUUAUCCUUGUGGGGAUGGGACAUCCUCGGAUGACUGUUCCCCUCACUCCUGCUGCUGCAAGGGAGGUGGAUGUGCUGGGAGUCCAGCGUUACAAAAACACUUGGCCAAUUUGCCUGGAGUUCAUAAGCAGUGGGAAGAUUGACGUGAAGCCUCUCAUAACCCACAGGUUCGGGUUCUCGCAGAAGGAGGUGGAAGAAGCCUUUGAAACAAGUGCCCUUGGUGGCACUGCUAUUAAGGUCAUGUUUAACCUCUGAAUCUGUUCUGUUGUGGUGCUGAAGCAAACCGCCUCUAUGAUAGCUUUAAGCAAUUUACGCAGACACACUGGUGUACGCUCCCCUAUUUAGUAAAUGUCCAAAAUGGCCUGCACCCUAUCUAUAGGAAUGCAUGAGCGAAGUAUGUGCAUUUAAGCUUAGUAAAAGAAAUAAAACAGGGGCCAUUUU